CGAAACAAAAUGAGCGACGACGAGGCACACCCUGGUACACGCCCAACUAUCCCCGACCGCGAUGAAUACCCGGACGACACGAUCAAAAUCAUGCUUGCAACCGACAACCACAUUGGCUAUAUGGAACGCGACCCUGUUAGAGGACCAGACUCUAUCAACACGUUCAAAGAAAUUCUCCAACUUGCUGUAAAACACGACGUAGACUUCAUACUCCUCGCAGGCGACCUGUUUCACGAGAAUAAGCCUUCGCGGGACUGUCUAUAUAAGACCAUCGCGCUUUUGCGCGAGUACACGCUGGGAGAUAAGCCUGUUCAGGUCGAACUGCUAAGUGACCCAGAUGAGGGCAAGGCAGACGGGUUUUCCUUCCCAGCCAUCAACUAUGAAGACCCAAACUUCAACGUUAGCAUCCCCGUCUUCUCCAUCCACGGCAACCACGACGACCCACAAGGCGCUGGCGCAGACGGGGCACUUUGCGCGCUUGACGUUAUAUCUGUCACCGGACUCAUCAACUACAUGGGAAAAAUUGAUCUGCCCGUGUCUGACGCCGAGGCGGGCACCACUGGAAUCGCUGUCCGCCCAGUUCUUCUCCGAAAAGGGAAUACCUACCUUGGAUUAUAUGGAAUGGGAAACGUCAAAGAUCAGCGCAUGCAUUUCGAGCUUCGGAGCAAUAGGGUUCGGAUGUAUAUGCCACGCGAUAAGAAUAAGUGGUUCAACAUGAUUCUGCUUCACCAGAAUCGUGUCAAGCAUGGCCCGCAAGACUUCGUUCCAGAAGGCCUCUUCGACGACUCGAUUGAUUUGGUUAUUUGGGGCCACGAACAUGACUGUCGAAUUGUCCCGGAACCUGUUGCGGGAAAGCAAUACUAUAUCUCUCAACCUGGAUCGUCUGUAGCCACUUCCCUCGCAGAUGGAGAAGCCAUCGAAAAACACGUCGCACUGCUACAAAUCAGAGGGAAAGAGUUUGAGCUCACCCCCAUUCCUUUGCGGACCGUGCGGCCAUUCGUUAUCGAGAGCAUUGUCAUGACGGAAGUCGCAGAAGAGGAGGGGCUGAAUCUCGCGGACUCGAUAGAGAUCAACAAGUACCUCAAGAGAAAGGUCAAUUCCCUCAUCGACCAGGCGAACGAGCAGUGGGAGGAACGGAACGCGCGCGCUGUGGAAGACGGGGAGGAGCCAUUGGAGCCGAUGCUACCACUUAUCCGACUGAAAGUCGACACCACCGAUGUCAAAGAAAUGUCCAACCCAGUGCGCUUCGGCCAGGAGUUUACUGGUCGCUUAGCUAAUCCACGAGAUGUCUUGGUCUUCCACCGAGCCAAGAAGAGCGCUCGCGCAGGCAAGGUUGUUACGGAGGAACCAGACCUGGAGGAUCCUGCUGAGGCCGGGCUUUCGACCUCUGAAAAGCUGGCUCGCGUGCGAGUCUCCAAUCUGGUCAAGCAAUAUUUAGAAGCACAAGAACUUCAACUCUUGGGGGAAAUGGAGAUGAGUGACGCAAUUGGGAUGUUCGUCGAGAAAGACGAUAUCCACGCAAUAGCCACAUAUGUAACUAAAGCUUUCAAAAAGCUAACCAAGAGUGCGCAGUCAACUGGUGGCGACAAAGACAUGGAUGACGACGAUGUCGAAGAAUUGCUGGCCAAUGCGAAAGCGCAACAGGAUCGCGAGUAUGCUGACAAAAUCAAAGAAUCGCGCAAGGACAAGGGCAAGAGCAAAUCUACGGCCGCUGCCGCAGACAACUCGGACGAUUCAAUGAUGAGGGACGAGCCUAUGGGCGGCUCUGACUUUGAUGAUUCUGAACCGGCUCCGGUAAAGAAGAAAGCCCCGGCGAAGGGCAAGGGCAAGGCCAAAGCAGAUGUCUCGGAUGACGACAGCGACGAGCCUCCGCCAAAGAAGAGAGCACCUGCAAAAACGACAGCGAAAGCCAAAGCCGCUCCAGCCAAGAAGGCCCCUGCAAAACGAGGAAAGAAGGCGGUUAGCGAAUCUGAAGAGGACGAUAUUAUUGAGGUGGAUAGUGAUUCGGAUGACGCGCCAAAGAAGAAACCGCCCGCAAAAAAGACUACCGCGACGACCAAAAAGAAAGCUCCAGCACAAUCGCAAUUAUCAUUUGCACCAACGCGGUCUUCUCGUGCGGCGGCCACAAAGGCGCGUGGAAAGAUGGUCGUUGAUGACGAUAGCGACUAG